GGGAGGAAGGAGAGCAGACUGGAUCAUAACCUUUCUUACUGACAACAGCUAAAAAUAGUAUGUAUGUAUCCUCCUUACCCCCACUUGUGCACACACACAGGCAUACACAUGCAUCGGCACAUCCCCAGAAAGCAAGAAAUAAAAGCCUUAUGUGCCUCUUAGUGAGGGUGUGUUGGAUGGCAUGCUGGGAGUGUUUAGAGUGCCACAUCAGAUCCACAGGAGACUAACACUCAGCAUAGACAGUACAGUACCAAGAAAACCGCACACUGUCACACAACAGCAAUAGUCACCAACUGGCAUUCAACCUUGGGCUUUGGUGCUUCACAUUCCAUAGUCAACCCAAAAAGCUAGCAUUUGGUCUGGGAGGACAGUUAUAUCUUUAGUUCUCUAGAAUUCAGCUGGGCAGUGUCUACAAUAUGGGUCCAAAAAUAAAUGACAGACUAGAAUGACAAAGUUCCAGAAUCAUGCUGAUUGAAACGUUUGAGAAUGCUUUUGUCGUCCAUGAAUCCAUUUUUAUUUCCCCACCUGCACAGCAUAAAUUGACUUCCUCUGCUCUCAAGCGUUAAAGAAAAAUGAAAAGGUUGAAUGAUUCUGGAAGCUUGUAAACACAUUCCUCAUUCUCGCUUCAGCCCUUGGAGUGUUACCCUGCAGCUGAGGCUUCUCUAAUAAAGAUGCUGUAUGGCUGGAAAAGAGGCACGGAUGGAUUUGUCAAGAGGGGAAAAGAACGUGUCAGAGACCGAUUAUUCCAGGAGGCAUCGCAGUAAUCUGCCUGGUGGUGGAGGGAGCCAGGGAUGCUCUACCGUGCAUCUAUGUUAUGUCUGUGUAACUGUGUUCUCAGCGACCAUUAACAUGAAAUACACAGCUCUGCUUUAAUAGCACAGUCUGCAUAACUGAAGAGUGGUGUAAGUGUGAGGGGACAGCAUGGUGUUUCACCACAACUGAUCAGCGAUUCCAGGGAUGUGGAAACAAACAUGGCAGAUAUGGAAAUGUACAGAUCUAGCUGACUUUAAACUGCCUUGAAUAUUAAACUGCACUAAGCUGCCUUUCACACAGGACAUGAUCAUUUGUUGGUGUUGUAAGGUGUUCCAUUUCCCCUCUUUUUCUCCCUCUCCUUUCCCCUCUUCUUCUCCCUCUCUCCUCAACAGACUGAUCCUGUGUCUAAUGAAUGUGUCCUCUGCAGACCCAGAUGUUCUCCCAGUGCAGGCAGAUGUUGAACUGCUCUGUUCUCUCAGUGAGGGUGUCCAUCUCUGCUCUGAACAAUGGCAUGGCACAGGGUGGACUCAUUGUCAUGGUUCUCCAGCCAUGGACUUGGAAGACGAGACGUUGUUAUUCCAGAGCAGCUGGGAUGCUGAGAAAGAAGAGGAGGAGAAGGAAGAUGGCGGGGAGUCAGAUACACAGAUUAAUGGGAGAAUCAGCACCACUGGAGGCAAUGGCGUGUGGGGAGCAGUGGGCUGGGUCUACACACAGCCCUGGGUGAGUGGUGUUGUCCUGGGAGUUGGAGUUUUUCUCCCCUGUGCCCUCUCUGCCUACAUGUUCCUAUACUGCCCCCCAUUGGACAUAGACCUUUCCUACAGUGCCUUUGAGGUUCAUAGCCACUUCUCUGCUGAGCGGUUUGAUGCACUCACCAUUGCCAUAAAGACUCAGUUGGGGUCAUGGGACAGACACAGGCGUGACGUGGACCCCUAUGACUCCACCACUCUACAGGAGCUGCUGUUGGACAUGCUGGGUAGGCAGGGAGAUGGAACAUCCAACAGGACAUCACAUGGAGGGCUGACCUCAAAAUCUCUGAAAAAAAACUUGUUCAAAAGAGUAGUUAUGGAACAGAGAGGAGAUGCCCUGAGUCAGCGAGAGACUGAGAGGCAUGGAGAGGCUAGGGGUGGUAAACUAGAGGUAAGAGAGGAGGAUAAAAAUACAACUAAUUUAGGAAAAUUUGAGAGUCGUGAGUCCAUAGAAGGAGAGGGCGACAGGGACAGUGAGAGAUCUCAGACUAGGAUGCGCAGGUUUGCCCCUAACUACUCAUACCUGCAGAGCCAGGCCCUGUGGAGGAUGGAGCUGGUGUUUGUAGCUCAGGGUGGGGUGGACAACAACAUCUUCACCCCAGAGCGUCUCCGCACCAUCCACCACAUAGAGCGCCUGCUCAUGCAGCAUCCCCAGUUCCAACAGUUCUGUUGGAAGCCUCUGGAGGUCCUGAGAGACCUGCCCCUGGGCCCCUCCUACUGCUCCCCUCCAAGCUCCCUCCUCUCCUACCUCUUCCCCAGUGAACGGGGAGGCAGGAUCUACUACGAUGGCAUGGGACCCAACCUGGCUGACAUCCAUGGUGCUCUGAGUCUAGCGAUCACCCACCCACAGUUCUACUGGUAUGUGGAUGAGAGUCUGGCCCCUGACCGGCUCUCCUCCUCUCUCCUGCGCAGUGAGAUCCAAUUUGGAGCUCCACUGCCCUCUUACUGCUCCCUCCAGGACCGGCCUGAGGAGCAGAGAAGCCGCUUCAGGAACUUUGUGGUUCAGUACGCUGACAUCCUGGCUCAGCAGUCCACCAGCCAGGUGAAGGUGUUGUAUGGGGGCACAGAGCUUUUUGAUAACGAGGUGAGACGGACCUUCCACAGAGACAUGUUGCUGGCGCUGAUCAGUGGAGGCUGCAUCACUCUGCUGGUCUAUUUCCUCACCUCCUUCUCAAUGUUCCUGACAUUCUUUGGGCUCACUAGCAUUGGUCUGAGCUGCCUGGUCGCUCUUUUUCUCUACCAUGUGGUCUUUGGGGUGAGAUACCUGGGCAUCCUCAAUGGGGUUGCAGCCUUUGUGAUCAUUGGCAUUGGUGUGGAUGAUGUGUUUGUGUUCAUGAGUACCUUCAGACAGGCUUCCCACUUAGUCCAUCCAGUCCAGAGGAUGGUGUACACGGUGAAAACAGCUGGCCGGGCAACCUUCAUCACCUCCUUCACCACCGCAGCCGCAUAUGCUGCCAACACCUUCUCACAGAUUCCGGCCGUGCAUGACUUUGGCCUAUUCAUGGCCCUCAUCGUCAGCUGCUGCUGGCUUUGGGUGUCAAUCCUCAUGCCCGCUGCCCUGUGUAUCUGGACCCAGUGUAUUGACCCCCAGGAGAAUUCCUGUCUCAAAUGGUGGAAGACACUUGCAGCACUGCCAGUGAGCCACAGUCCUUUGUCAGAUGAGGAUGACGACGUGACCCUACUGUCAGUGGAGAUGGAGCCAGGCUCCUGUGACACAGAUGUAGAUGCAGCCAUUCUGUCCCUGUCAGUGGAGACUUCUCUCUCACCACCAGAGCAGGGAACUUCAGGCAUGGUCAGCAUUUACCUUCAGUGGGCUCUGAGGCACUGGGUGGCAGAGCCAGCCGUGGAGAACCGUAAAGUCAUUCUAGGAAUCUACUUCCUGGUCCUGCUGCUGUCUGCUGGGUGCUGCUGCCUCCUGCGGCCGGCCACUCAUGCCCCGUUACUGUUUCGUCCAGACACCAACCUCCAGACUCUACUGGGACUGAGGAACAACCUCAGUGCCCAGGGCAUAUCCUGCCACAUGUGCUCUGGUCUGUUCAUGGAGAAACCUCAUCUUCUGCACAGCCCUACCCAUACUACCCCCUCUGUGGCUUGGUUUCACCCCCAUCAACACCAAAACAAUUCAAACUCAACUCUACGGAGCCCAAUCACACCAAGCACUUCUUCCAUCACAACAGGGCCUCUGCUGACCGUGUAUGUCUCUAAGCUGGAUGUAGGCGCUUCUAUCACUCUGUACCGCUUCUCUCUGAAUACUAGCAUGCCCUCGCCUUGGAAAAGCCUCAGUCCUAGGAAUGGAGAAGUUCCAUCCUUUCAGGCUUACAUUGAACCUCACAGCAACUUCAGCACCCACAUGACUGUGUGUGGGUCCCACCCCAGUCCUCGCUGGAUGAUCACUUCCCAGUCAUGUGACCCACGCCACGGCUGGAGGUCAGAGUUCAGCUUCUAUGUGGCAUCGGCUGAGCAGCAGCACAGCAGGAGGCUGUAUUUUGCCCAGCACAAGCUUAGUCCUCAUCCAAGCCGAGUGUGUGCAGAACCACCUGGUUGUGUGAUCAGCUCCGGGCCUGACGGACCCACACGGGGCUACUUCUACACACCGCUCCCCACAGAUUCCACCUCAACGAAAAGGUCCAGGACCUCCGGUUUUAACCCCUGUAGUGGAGGUGGCUGUGGCCAGCCAGCAGUCCGUCCUCUGGUUGACACUGGUGCCAUGGUGUUUGUCGUUUUUGGAAUACUGGGAGUCAACCGCACCCAACGCACAGACAACCAUGUCAUUGGGGACAUGGGCAGUGUGAUAUUGGAUCCAAACUUUGAUAUCUUCCAAGAGAUUGGUCAUCUCUGCCAAAUCUGUAAAGUCAUCAGUGCUAAUAAACAGCUUGUGAAGCCGGGAGGAGCCCAAUGUCUACCCUCCGGCAACAAGCUUUCUUCUAUCCUGCCCUUACUCCACCCAGACUGCCACUCACUCCCUGAGCCCAACCUGUUGCCAGGCCAGCUGUCCCAUGGGGCCGUGGGAACACACGGUGGCAGAGUGCGCUGGCUCUCCAUGGCCUUUGAGUCUACUACCUACAAGGGGAAAUCCUCUUUCCAGACUCACUCAGACUUCCUCCAAUGGGAGACCUUCCUACAAGAGCAGCUCUCAGCUCUCCCAGAGUCCUCUGCUCUACGGAGAGGUUUCCAGACCUGUGAGCACUGGAAGCAGAUCUUUAUGGAAAUCAUAGGUGUGGAGAGCGCCCUCUGCAGUCUGCUCCUGUCCCUGGCCAUCUGUGUGGCAGCUGUGUCUGUUUUCACUGCCCAUACGCUUCUGCUGCUGCCAAUACUGCUCACCAUUAUGGGUGUCAUCUGUCUGGUGGUGGCCAUCAUGUACUGGCUGGGCUGGGAGUUGGGGGCCAUGGAGGCCAUCUCUCUGUCCAUCCUAGUGGGCUCCUCAGUGGACUACUGCCUGCACCUGGUGGAGGGCUACCUGCUGGCUGGGGAGAUCUUACCAGCCACACCAGAACACACUAUGGAUCUGUCAGCUAAAAGGCAGAGACGGACCCUAGACGCAGUGAACCACGUAGGAGUUGCCAUAGUGUCCAGUGCUGUCACCACAGUCAUUUCAACCAUCCCUCUCUUCUUCUGUGUCAUCGUGCCUUUUGCUAAAUUUGGUCAGAUCGUGGCCAUAAACACAGUAGUAUCCAUCUUGUUCACCCUGACUGUGACAGCAGCCAUGUUAGCCACCAUGGGCCCUGCCAACUUCCACAGGCCUCCCGGUGCAGUGCUGAAGGCCAGCCUGGCGGUACUGGUUACCACAGCCUUUGGCGUUGCCCUGUGCUGGGCAACUAGGACCAGUCCCUGGCACACAGUAGUCACCAUGUGACCACAAACUCAACCACUACUGUUACCUCUGUAAGCAAAACUAAGAGGCUUGGUCUAAACCUCAGUUUAUCAUUGUUCUAUACAUGCAGCUGUAAGGUUUCAGAUACGUAAAAGCAUCUUGUUGAAGUAGACCAUUCUUGAUGUGGAUAAAGUUUUACCAAAAGAACAGAAUGUGGUCUCUUGAGAAUAAAUAGUCUGCAGAAUAGGUUUUGGUUUCUGUGGAUGCAGCCUACUGCCCACAGAAGGAGAUUACACAGUGUUGAUUUAAAUACUGGUUGGAUCCACGUUGUUCUAUUGUCCAUGUUACUCUGUUCCUGAGAAUAUUUAUUUUUUUAGAAAAUUGCUCACUUCUCUGACCUGCUAUUAGCACUAACCUCAUCUCUGAUGGUUGGAAACCACACUUUGAGGUCCAAGAAGACAUGUGUUGAAUCAUAAUAAAAAUAUGAAUCAUUGUCAUGCACUCCCUUAUUCCAGUGAAAAGCGUAUCACUCACAUCACACCUCUUCACUUGUCUGAUUGUUCAGAAGAGAAUGUUGUGAGUCAAAAGACUAUUCAAGACAAGGCCAGUGUAAAUUGGGAAGAAUGUAAAAACUAGGAUAAAAUGUGCUUUACUUUACUGGCCUCUUGUCCAGUCUACAUGUGUAGAUCUUAGAUGUAGUGUGAGAUAUACCAUUGGGUUCUUGGUAACCUCCAUGACCAAGGAAGGCCCUUCUCCCUGAUUGCUCAGUUUGGCCGGGCGGCCAGCUCUAGGAAGAGUCUUGGUGGUUUCAAACUUUUUCCAUUUAAGAAUGAUGGAGGCCCGGUCUUCUUGGAGACCUUCAAUGCUUUAGGCGUUUUUUGGUACCCUUCCCCAGAUCUGUGCCUCGACACAAUCCUGUCUUGGAGCUCUACAGAGAAUUCCUUCAAACUCAUGGCUUGGUUUUUGCUCUGACAUGCACUGUCAACUGUGGGACCUUUAUAUAGAUGGGUGUGUGCCUUUCCAAAUAAUGUCCAAUCAAUUGAAUUUACCACAGGUGGACUCCAAUCAAGUUGAUCAUCUCAAGGAUGAUCAUCAGAAACAAGAUGCACCUGAGCUCAAUGUUGAGUCUCAUAGCAAAGGGUCUGAAUACUUAUGUAAAUACGUUUUUAUAUGUUUAUAUGUUUUUUUAUUUUCAAUAACCUGUUUUUGCUUUGUCAUUAUUGGAUAUUGUAUGUAGAUUGAUGAGGAAAAUAAUAUAAUCCAUUUUGGAAUAAGGCUGUAACAUAACAGAAUGUGGAAAAAGUCAAGGGGUCUGAAUACUUUCCGUAUGCACUGUAUGCUGCUAAUAACACACACACUUGGGAAAUGUUUUCCUUCUCCUGAGGCUACCUACUAACACACUCCUUGAGUGCUGUAACAUUCGGUGGAAAUAGAGCAGUGAUUUGAGGAGCAUUUCGAGGAAGGGAUAUUGCAAUUCCACAAACAAUUCCACAGACAGGAGUAACUCAAAUGUAACAUCUGAUAAGGAAAUUAAGGACUAACCACACAUACCUGAACAAAAAUGCAAAGAAAAAUGCUAGCCCUCUCAUUAUGGUUAAAAUGUACUGUAUAUUUCUCUCUAAGGCCGAGAUUAAAUCGGAUCAACGAUAGCGGACACCCUGAUGUUUUGGAGGUGUGAGAGGUCGAAAUGCAUACACUGCCCCAUUCGCAUAAAAGGUCAGAAUGAGAAAGUGUAGGCUAUAUAUAAAUAAUUACGCUCAAAUUGACAAAUCAUUAAACGAAAUAAUGAGAAUUUAUAUCAUCCAGUGUUCGAAUUUGUAAACAAGACUGCAUGGGAUUUCUGUUAAUGUGACUGUGCAGCCAAUGACAAUGUCUGCUUUACAUGUAAUGCACUGCCAAAACAACAGCUAUGCAGUCUGCAAAAGCAGAUAUGAUUGAAUAGACCCCGAAGCUAUACUGUGGUAUCUUCAUGCACUUCAGACUGGAAAUUGUAAAACCUACAAAAAUGUGAGUUAUGUACUGUGAUGAAGGUAUCAAUUCAAUGGCACAGUCAGUGCUUAAUUUGAGCCGAUUCCCGCCCUUGACUUUUUCGUUGUGGAAUUUAUUUGCCAGGAUCUGGUACCUCUCAUCGCAUGCCUUUUUUUCUUCACUGUAAUGUAAACAUUUCAAUAAAAUCAAUCACAGUUAA